AUGGCGGCCAACAAGAAGGCGGGUGGGCAGCAGCAGGCAUCUCGCAUAUCAAUUUACGUGUCAUGUCAGAAUUUAUUGAACAAGGAUGUCACCUCAAAGUCUGAUCCCUGUUGUGUUCUCUUUGCUCCUGAUCACAACUUGCUUUGGUCAGAGGUGGGCAGGACAGAGAGGAUAAAAAAUUGUUUGAACCCACAAUUCAGCAGAGCAUUCGAGGUGGAUUAUUAUUUCGAGCAAGUGCAAAAAGUUAGGUUCAUGAUUUAUGAUAUAGACAGCAAGGCCCAGAAUCUUUCUGAUGAUGACUUCCUGGGCUCCUUUGAAUGCACCAUUGGGGAGGCAGUAUCCAAUAGCCCGAUGACCAGACCACUGUCUAGGAAGAACGACAAAAGAGCUGGAACUAGUACAAUCACUAUAACAGUUAGAGAAAUGCUGAUACAGCCUGAAGUGUUAAGCCUAAAUUUCAAAGCCAAACAUUUGGAUAAAAAAGAUUUGAUGGGCAAGUCUGAUCCAUUCCUUGUCCUCCAUUGCAUUAUGCCAGAUGGCUCGUGGCAGGUUGUGCACAAAACUGAGGUUAUCAAAAAUACAUUGGACCCAGUUUGGGAGCAGUUUGAUAUAAGGACCAAUCAGCUUGCUACUAUCAAUUAUGAUCAGCCAAUCAAAAUUGAAUGUCAUGAUUAUGAUUCAGAUGGGUCCCACGAUUUGAUUGGCUCAUUCACGACCACUGUUAACGAGAUCAUGAGGGCGACCAAUGGCGUUGAGGUGGAAUGGCAAUGUGUGAACCCUAAAAAGUUAUCCAAGAAGGGCUAUUGCAACUCUGGGAUGAUUUAUCUGACAGCUGUCAGGCACUACAGAGACUACAGCUUCCUUGAAUAUGUCUUUGCUGGUCUGCAGUUAAAUUUUAGCGUUGGUGUGGACUUUACGGCAUCCAAUGGCGACCCCAAAGAGCCAGGAACACUGCAUUACAUCAAUCCAAAAAAACCAAACCAAUACAUGAAGGCUAUCAAAGCCGUUGGUGAUGUUAUUCAAGAAUAUGAUAGCGAUCAAAUGUACCCUGCCCUGGGGUUCGGGGCUCGUGUGCCCCCAUCGAAAGAUGUCCUCCACGAAUUUGCCAUCAAUUUCAAUUCCUCUGACCCAUUUUGCAAAGGCGUACAGGGUAUAUUGGACGCGUAUCAAGCUUGCUUGAGUAAGGUGCAGCUGUACGGACCCACCAAUUUUGCCCCCAUCAUCAAUCACGUCGCCAGGUUCGCACUGCAGACCCAGCAGGAGCAGAGUGCUAGGAACUACUACAUCCUGCUGAUCCUGACUGACGGAGCAAUUUCGGAUACAGACGACACCAUAAAAUCCCUGGUGUAUGCAUCCACCCUCCCCAUGUCGGUCAUCAUCGUCGGUGUUGGUCUGGCUGACUUCUCUACCAUGAACAUCUUAGAUUCCGACAGCAAGGCUCUCGCCGACAAGGAUGGCGUGCAAGCUAGAAGGGAUAUCGUGCAGUUUGUUCCUAUGAGAGAUUUUGAAAAUAGCCCAGCAGAAUCCCUCUCAAAGCACGUACUUGGUGAAAUACCGAAGCAAGUGGUUGAAUACUUCCGUAUGUACACUAUCCCACCGGGAAGGGGGGUGGUCAAACCCUUGGCUCCCGUCUCUGAAGCGCCCCCAGCUGAUCAUUAACUUCUAACUCGUACCGUCUGAUUGAUUCAGUAAUAAGUUUCAAUACACGUAAUUUGAUAUGUUGUAUUCAUCAUUCAGACGUGAAUUUUUUAUCUAUUUUUGUGAUUACAUAUUUCGUUAAUGCUUAGUUAGACUACGUUUUGUAUCAUUGUAAUUUUGUUCUUGCUUUCAAUCUACUAAUUGUAAGGUUAGUUGAAUUUAUUAUAAAAUUUAUUAUAUUAUAUUAUAAGGAAUUAUAUACUAUUUUUAACACAAAUUGAUAUUUCAAUUUUUAAACGUGUUAAGUUUAAAUUCAAAUGUUAGUAAGUUUUUUUUUCUUCAAAUUUUGUUCAUUCAUCUGCUAGUCUUCCGCGUUACUCUAACGAUAGUAUUCUCCAUUUUUUAACACUUUUCACACGGAUGACUUGUUUUUCUUUGCGACGUGCUAGUGAUUUUUUAUGUCACGAAAUGUUUUGAGGUUAACGAGCGAGCGUAGGAUGGUUCGUUCCUGUUAAACCUCUGUUUCAAGUUUAACAGAAAUUUAUCAAUAUUACAAAUAUGAGACUUAUCUGUUUUCUGUUUUUAUUAGUUGCCAGGGUUAAUCUUGAAGUUUAUUUUUGGCGUUUUAUUUUGUACGUUUUUAAACGUUUAUGAAUUUUUCCUGGUUUUGGAUCUGAAUCACACACCACACACACACAAACACACACACAAAUAUAUAUAUAUAUAUAAAACUUGAUAAAAUUUUAUCAACAAUUAUAGCUUCUCAUCUUGCAAUAUUGAUAUAGGCUGAUCUGGAUGUUUUUAUAUUGGAUAAAAUUAUUUGUUCUGUGUCAAAUUAAAGCAUUUUUCAUUCAUUUUCCUUCAAUUUACAUGAAAUAAUAUUAUUUUUCGACGCGUC